CACCCAAGACUUUGUUAAAAUCAGCCAAUACUUUGUUACAAUCAGCGUAACAAAGAGCCAAUACUUUGUUAGAAACAGCCAAUGCUUUACAGUGUAACAAAGAGCCAAUACUUUGUUAGAAACAGCCAAUGCUUUACUGUUACUUUAUGAGGCGCUUCAAAUAAAAGAGAACGAUCGGGCGAGUCUUGACAUCAGAUCGGUUAAAGGAGCAAGAUCGAUAAUUGAGCCCUGCCCAUUCGACAACAGAUGUUGGUCCGAAGUUCACCGCGAUGGUUUGUGUUUGUGCUGCAGUCUUAGCACAUGGAAAACUUCAUUUCUUUGAAUGAGUUCUGUGCAAGUAUGUAGAUCUAAGUAGCUGCAGUGUUUGGUCAAUCAGACUUAUGGAACGUGUUUUAUAAUUAUGGUCAGAAUUCUUAGUUGCCUACAAUGUGUAUUCUGUAAAGGUGAAAGACAUAUAGGCCUACGGUCAGGAAAUUUCAUCUUUUUUUUUUUCAAAGGAUAAAAUAUUACCGUCAUUUGUGUUUUUUUUUAUUCAAAUCAAUUUGGAUGUUAAAAAUAUUAUUGCAAAUUAGGACAAGACAUUAAAUCGUGUUUUUUUUUUAAAUAGAUUCCUUGACUUGUUAGUAAAAAAAGAGGCUCCUAAGAAAAUGUAUUUUAAAUUUCUAAAAUUGCUUCGCAUAUGGUGGUGAAAUAGUGUUCAGUGUUUGUUAAUGAUCUCAUCAAUCUUAUGUUGGCCCUGACCUUACAUGGGGUCAAACUGUUCUCGAAUUGUGGCCCAGAACCUCCGAGACGAGCUAUGGUCCUACACGGCACUUUCUGGGCUCCUGUUUCUUCACAUCGGCAUAGUCUUGAUGGUGUACGCCCUAAAGAGGGCGACGCCCCACACGGCGGUGAUAAAAACUUUCGGCAUCGGACUCAUCACCCUUGGGGUGCUGGCCACCCUGGCCUCGUGGUACGCCCACCGGCAGCACCGACUUCAGAGAGACCUCUGUCUGUGCUGUACGUGCAGUUGCUGCGUGUCUGCCCCAGUCAAAAAGGUCAGCGGCGGAGAUUCGGCCGGCGGCGUCAAGGCCCCCUCGAGAAUGAGCGUUUUUGGAAAGCCCAAGGCUAAAGAGGUUCAACCAACUCCAGAGUUUACGCUGAAAAUGUUUGCAGCUCCGGAAUUUCAGAGAUAUGCCGAGUUCAUAAAUGGGUCCACCGCUGGUGUCCAGCAAGGUGCCAGGACGGAGCCCCAUCGACAAAAGAAGACUGUUCAUCCGGAAAGUCCACGAGAUCUGCCCCUCAAGGAAAUUUACAUCAAUCCCAGAUCUCUUCAGAACCAAUCAAAUCUCCCCAGCAUUCAUCCAAUUCCAAGUCCUAUUUUAUUGCAACUUUCCAAGUGACAGGCCUGCUAAAUGUAUGACUAAUUUUGAGAUGUUGUCAAUAAUGGAAACAGUAUUAUGAUUAAUUAAGCAUUUGCAAUCCCCGAAUCAGGGAUUCCACCAUCUUGUAAGAUCUGGGUCAUACUUUUUAAAAUUUAUAUACGUUAUUUCAAGUCAGGAUCUUUGAAUGAUUUGACCCUAUCUGACCAACAGAUCAAGUAACUUUCAUCGAAAGAAACACAUGAAACAAUGUUAUUAACAGAAUAACAGUUGAAGGAACAUUGUAGCUGACACAAACAGAAACACUGUAAACUAAACUGGACACAGGACACUAAACAAUUUGGACACAGGAACACUGUCAACAAUACUGGAUGCGGAAAAAUUGUAUACAAUAUUCAACACCAGACAAACUUCGGGGUAGAAUCGGGAGAGAAAUAAAAAAAAAAUGACGUUAUGGCUCAUCAUAGAAUUUUAUUCUUACUACACAACUCGGAGGUGGUCUCGAAAACUUGACACACACUAGCAAGUGCACAGCACUGAAGUCUUCCUGUAAUGCUCUUGAUAUUUUACUCAGAGUUGAACUGAUUCAAUUGCUGUUAGAGACUUUUGGUGAAAUGAACGACGCUUACGUUUCUUAACAAAAAUGAACGUCUCAUAGAAAGUAAAACAUUGGGACUGUUUCGUUAAAUAGCAUUUGAAAGAUUCAAAGAGUGUUUCUAUAAGUCUUCGAGGCUUGUAUCUGCUUUAAAAUUGUAAAAAUAUAGAAAAAAAAAGUAAAAGCAAAGUAUCCCUUUGUGAUAUAUAUUGCAGAUAUUGUAAAGAUUAUCUACUUCUGUGAUCGACGGUUAAGGAGAGUAUCAUGUGGCCAGUACAACAACCAUUCACCCUUAAACCUUUCCCAACUAAAGUAAGGCACCCAUUAGAGUUGGGUCUACACGAGGGCGUCCUAAAAAUCCCAGUCUUCAUUAAGAUUUGAACCCAAGACCCCUAGGUUCAGAAGCAAUAACUUUACCCCUCAGCCACUAUGCCCACCAAAAGGAUAGGAAACAAAACUUCAAUUAGUGCUGGUUGAAAAUUAAGUCCUACAGUCAGACGUUGGGUUGCAGCAUGGACACCAACACUUCUUUUGGUGGAUCUCAAUUUCAACACAAUCAAGUAAUAAUAGCAUCGCAUUUAAACAAAAAAAAAUACCGGGUAAUAAACUGAACUCCAUUUUGUAGUACUGUAGCUCUAACUUGACGGACACAGCCAUGACCAAUCUUUUUCUUUGAGCCUAAAGAUUGUGUGUAAUCCAUAACAAGAGUCCAGGGGAGGCAAAUAAGUAUUUUGUUUGGUUGUAUCGUGUGGUGAAUGUGUAACAAAUUGAGAAAAGAAACUUUCAGUUUUAAAGGUCUAUAAGUAGUUUCCUCUAGAUCCAGGAUUUUUUGUGUGUGUGCGCGCUUGACAUUAGAAUUUAUUAAAAUAAAGGUCAAGGAAUCUAGGUUGCAGAGUUCAGGGCAUCAAGUUAAUAAUGUGUAAGUUUACCUCUGAGAGUGUGUCUAAAUAUUUCAUGAUUACACAUGAAAUAAUGAUGUAACAAGAGUGACUAUUUCACUAUUUAAAAUUGUACAAGAGAUAUUAGUGGUAGUUUCUGCUAGAAUGCAUACGUUUAACCUCAAAGUACUAGACCUACAUUAAUGUGUGUGUGUUAGCCAAAACUGUUCAGGAAAGAGGAAAUAAAAUGAACAUAUUUUAGAACUGA